CGUUCGUCCGGCUCGAUGCUUAUACGUCGGGUAGUAUCAUUUCUCUUUGCCACCAUGGACUAUAUAUAUUCAAAGCUUACCAGCCACUCCCUCCUGUAUCCCAAGCUUCACAAUGAUUCCUCCGGGCCCGCACGAUGACCCUGAUGACCCUGAAGCACUCAGACCCACAUUACAUGCCAAAGAUCAAAGUGCACCAUCGCAUAUUGAGUUCCACCCUACCUUCGUACAGAGCCAUCACGACACCCUCGAGAUCGCAUCCCUUGAUGAACCCGAGCCUCAUAAAUCCGUUUUAACCUUGGUCUCGGAGGAAGAUUUCAACUUCGAGAAACAUCUCAAAGACAUCUUCAAACGUUGUGAUGAGGAAGAAAUAAAAUGGCGCGAGCUCGGUGUUGUGUUCAAUGACCUACGUGUGGUAGGCAUUGGUGCGAGAGCAUCAUUGCAACCAACCAUGGGGUCCUUAUUUAGCCCUACUUCCCUAUUGCGCACAAUUAGUGCAAUUCGUCAUCCACCUGUGCGAGAUAUAUUGACAGGCUUCGAAGGUGUCGUUGCACCUGGCGAAAUGCUACUUGUCCUUGGAAACCCUGGGUCAGGAUGUAGCACCUUCCUCAAGACCCUUGCUAACCAACGCGGGGAGUACCAUGCUGUGGAGGGAGAGGUUUCGUACGACUCGUUUACUUUUGAAGACAUCCGGGAUCAUUACCGCGGAGAUGUCAUAUAUUGUCCAGAGGACGACAUUCACUUCCCUUCCUUGACGGUCGAAGAGACAUUAUCUUUUGCCAUCAAAACUCGUACACCUCAGACUCGUCCUGCCAAUCAGUCAAGGAAGCAAUUUAAUGCCGAAUUUUUGGACAUUCUCCUGAGAAUUUUCGGUCUUCACCACGUUCGGAAAACCGUCGUGGGAGAUGCUGCGAUUCGAGGUGUUUCGGGUGGAGAGAAGAAACGUGUUUCUAUUGCGGAGGCAGUGUCUUGCAGAAGUAUGAUUGGCGCAUGGGACAAUUCUACACGCGGCCUGGAUUCCUCUACAGCACUCGAGUUUGUUCAAGCUUUGCGUUUGAGUACAGACAUCGCACAUCUGACAACUAUCGUGUCCAUUUACCAAGCCGGAGAGCAAUUGUACGAACUCUUCGACAAGGUAUGCGUCAUUGCUGAAGGUAGAAUGGCCUAUUUCGGGCCGGCCAAAGCCGCCCGCCAAUAUUUUAUCGAUAUGGGUUAUGAACCCCACAACAGGCAGACUACAGCAGAUUUCCUCGUUACUGUUACCGACCCAAUUGGCCGGAAGAUUAGGUCAGGGUUCGAGGGCAUAGUGCCCAGAACGGCGGAGGAUAUGGCUGCCCAUUUCAAGGCGUCCCGGCUUGGCCAUCUUAAUCGUCAGGCAAUUGACGAGUAUCGGGCGCUUCAUGUUGGCAAGCCUGACCGCAAAGAUGCAUACCGGCUGAGCGCAAUCAAGGAACAUUCUCGUCAUGCACCCAAGAGCAGCUCGUAUACCAUAUCUAUCCCUAUGCAAGUUAAGGCUGUGAUGGUUCGCCGUGUGCAAAUUAUCAAGGGUGACCUCGCCUCGCAGGUGGUGCAACUAGGUGCCCAGUUCUUCCAAGGCAUCAUCAUGGGCACGGUAUUCUUGAAACUGCCUGAUGCAACUUCGGGUUUUUUCUCUCGGGGAGGUGUUUUGUUCUUCGCUCUCUUUAUUGGCGCAUUAUCUGCAAUGGCAGAGAUUCCUGCCCUGUUUACCCAGCGACCUAUUGUAUUGCGUCACCACAAAGCAGCGAUGUACUACCCUUUCAUCGAGGCUUUCGCUCACACAGUGGUAGACAUCCCAAUCAGUUUCAUGGUCUUAGCUGUUUUCAGUGUCAUUCUUUACUUCUUGGUCGGCCUUCAAAAAACGGCACCCCAGUUCUUUAUUUUCUUUUUGAUCAUCUUUACCAUGACUACUGCGAUGAAGGCUUUCUUUAGGAUGAUCGCGGCUAGUUUUAAGGAUGUGUCUGGUGCAUUGUCCGUGGCUGGUAUCGCUGUACUCUUUGUUUCCUUGUUCACCGGUUACACUAUUCCUCGUCCAAAUAUCCCAGGCGGCCUCAGAUGGAUAACAUAUAUAAACCCUCUUCGUUACGGCUUCGAGGCCAUCAUGGCGAAUGAGUUCCACACUUUGAACGGCACUUGCACUACGCUUGUUCCCCAAGGUCCAGGAUACGAGAACAUUUCUUUGGCGAACCAAGUUUGCACGACUGUCGGAUCACUGCCUGGUAUGACCACCGUAGAUGGCAACAGGUUUAUGAACUUGUCAUAUGGCUACUCGUAUAGCAAUCUCUGGAGAGAUUACGGUAUCAUGUGUGCCUUCGGCGUUGGCUUCUUCGUGAUGUUGCUCUUUGCUACGGAAUACAACACCAGUUCCGCGUUUGAUACCGCGGUGACUCUCUUCAAGCAAGGAACAUGGGCACCAGAAGCUAUUAACACUACAGAAGACGAAGAGAAAUCCAGUCAGCCAGCGCCUUUGGACAGCUUUGCCACGGGGACCGCGGGCGCAACUGCCCCCCACGGUCUUCUCGAGAAACCAGAAACCAAUGGUGUAUUUACCUGGCAGCACAUUCAAUACGUCGUACCGGUAUCUGGGGGAGAACGGCGCUUGGUCGACGAUGUCUCCGGGUAUGUCGCACCUGGCAAAUUAACGGCUCUUAUGGGCGAAUCGGGUGCCGGAAAGACGACAUUGCUUAAUGUUCUGGCUCAACGGACCGAUAUCGGAGUUGUCGUUGGAGAACCGUUUGUCAACGGGCAGCCCCUUCCUGCGGACUUUCAGGCUCAGACAGGCUAUUGUCAACAAAUGGACACUCACUUGCCGCAAUCAACUGUUCGCGAGGCUCUUAUGUUCUCCGCUCGUCUGCGACAACCUGAGUCUGUCCCAUCUGCGGAACUCGAAUCAUAUGUUGACAAAUGCCUCAUCAUGUGCGGCCUUGAGAAUUAUGCUGAUGCUAUUGUUGGAUCAUUGGGUGUUGAGCACCGCAAGCGCACGACGAUUGGUGUUGAGCUCGCAGCAAAGCCCAAACUGCUCUUAUUCCUUGACGAGCCAACGUCCGGUCUCGAUUCCCAGUCUGCCUGGGCAAUAAUGACGUUCCUUCGUGAACUCGCAAACAAUGGGCAGGCCAUUCUCUGCACAAUUCACCAACCCUCUGCCGAGCUCUUCCAGGUGUUCGAUAGACUGCUGCUUCUUCGCAAGGGUGGUCAGACUGUUUACUUUGGUGAUAUCGGCGAUAAAUCCUCGAUUAUGCUGGAUUACUUUGAGCGCAACGGCGCCCCUCACUGUGAUGCCGAUGCCAAUCCUGCUGAGUAUAUGCUGGAUACCAUCGGAGCUGGCGCAACUGCAACCACCUCAGUCGACUGGCAUGACAUUUGGAAGCGAUCUCCAGAAGCUGUUGAACUUCAAGCGCAGAUUGAACGAAUACACGCCGAUGGUCGCGCACAGCCAUUGGUGGAGACGGAGCGUCACACUGAAUUUGCCACCUCAUGGAUUCACCAAGCUGUCACCCUCACGAAGCGCAACUUCCAAGCAUACUGGCGUGAUCCGACGUACCUCAUCGCGAAGAUCAUUCUCAAUCUCGCGGGUGGAUUGUUAAUUGGGUUCACUUUCUUCCGCAGCCAGGAUAGCUUGCAAGGCACGCAGAACAAACUUUUUUCAAUUUUCCUCGCAUUGAUUCUCUGUGUGCCCCUAUCGCAGCAACUCCAAUCCAAGUACAUCAAUAUUCGCUCCAUCUACGAGAUCCGCGAGCGUCCGAGCAGAAUGUACAGCUGGACCUCAUUAGUUACAUCACAGAUCCUUGUCGAGAUUCCCUGGAACAUAUUUUGCUCGUCACUCUUCUUCGUUUGUUGGUACUGGGCGGUCGGUUACGCCAUGGAUCGAGCGGGCUACGCAUAUAUCAUGUACGGAAUCGUGUUCCCCAUCUAUUACACUACCAUCGCAGAGGCUAUCGCAUCUAUGGCACCUAACGCAGUGAUCGCAUCGUUGUUGUUCACCAUGCUAUUUUCAUUCGUCACCAUCUUUAACGGUGUUUUGCAGCCUUUCCGUGCGUUGGGUUGGUGGCAAUGGAUGUACAGAGUGUCCCCAUUCACAUACCUCGUCGAGGGCCUCUUGGGUCACGCCAUUGGCGGACAACUGAUCAAUUGCGCGUCAGAAGAACUAGUUCCAAUCAAUCCUCCCAGUGGACUCAAUUGCUCGACAUACAUGGAUCCCUUCAUAUCUUACGCCGGGGGCUACCUCACGGACCCCGGUGCGACGGCGGAGUGCCUCUACUGCCCGUACCGCACCACCGACCAGUUCAUGCUCAACAGUUUCAACAUCAAGUAUUCUGAUGACUGGCGAAACUUGGGCAUUAUAGUGGGCGUCGCCGUGUUUAAUGUCUUUGCGAUCUUUGUGCUUACAUAUAUAUUCCGCAUCCGGAAGGGCAUACGAUGAAGAUACUACAUCAUAGAACCAACGAAUAAUACUUAUCUACUCACGAGAAAACUUGAAAUUAGAUUAUUGCUGUACACUUACAACACAACCAUAAUUAGUACAUCCUUUUAUAAUGCGUUGAAGGUUCUUGCAUCCAGAGCCGAUUCAGUUUGCGGAGGAUUGACUC